AUGGAAAGGGGAACGGCGAAAAGGGGUUCCAACAAAUUGCAGCAAACUUUUCAGGGUUCUAAAGAACCCACCUUCCUCAUCAACCACGCUGUCCUGUCUCACCACUCCCACUCCAGCCUUUUGCCAGAAACGGAGCGCUCCAGUCCCAGAGAAAAAUCAGACAGCAGCGCUCAGAAAAGCAGACCUGGGACUGUGAUCGUGUCCAGACGGUCGGGGAGGAGGACGAUGCCCGGCGGCCAGCUCGGCCCGCCCGAGAUCCCACCGCGCAGGCCGCGGUUCCGGGUGUGCUACAUCUGCGGCCGAGAGUUUGGGUCCCAGUCGCUGGCCAUCCACGAGCCCCAGUGCUUGGAGAAGUGGAGAAUUGAAAACAGCAGGCUGCCCAAGCACCUGAGGCGGCCCGAACCCUCCAAACCCCAGGCGGUGGGCGGCGGGCCCUGGGGUCUGCAGGCGGCUAACCAGGCGGCCUUUCAGAGCGCCCAGGCGCAGCUUCUGCCCUGCGAGUCCUGCGGCCGCACGUUCUUGCCCGACCGUCUCCUGGUUCACCAGAGGAGCUGCAGGCCCAGGGGUGAGGAGCCCCGAGCCCCAGACCCCGACAGGUCUGACAGUCUCACUGCCCUCAAGAGAGCUCCCAGUGGAGUGUCAGCCCGACCCAGGACUCUUAUCUGCUACAUUUGCGGUAGGGAAUUUGGCACCCUGUCCCUUCCUAUUCAUGAGCCCAAAUGCCUGGAAAAGUGGAAAAUAGAAAAUGACCAGCUCCCCAGGGAGCUCCGCCGGCCACUCCCGCAGAAGCCCCAGCCGCUUCCAGGCGGACAGCAGAGCCGCGAGGGCAUCAGCGAAGCCCAGCUGGUGCCCUGCCCCAACUGUGGCCGCACCUUUGCCCCAGACCGCCUCCUGGUCCACCAGAGAAGUUGUAAAGCUCAACCUCGUGGGCUACAGGAGCAGAAUUUAGGGAGUACAGGUGGGCUAAAGGAGCCCGCUAAUCCCAAGCAGCAAAGGACCAUGGCAGCGCCCCAUAGAACCGAUAAGGUAACUCGUGCCACGUGA